GAUGAUCUGUGCAAGUUUAGUUCCAGUUCACGCGCAGCGCCGAAUAGCCUUCAUAAGCAUUGAUUGUGGAGCACCCUCGAAGCUGUAUGAAGAUCCGGAUACCAACAUAACAUACUCACCAGAUAACAAUUUCAUAGACACAGGGAUAAGCCAGAACAUUUCAUCCGAAUACAUGUAUCCAAACAAUCCAAACUUGCCAUUACCAGCCUCGGACCUUAGAAGUUUUCCUCAAGGAAACAAGAACUGCUACACUUUGAAACCUGAAGCUGGAAAAGGCAGCUUGAACCUAAUCAGAGCUUCUUUCUUGUAUGGAAACUAUGAUGGAAAAGACAAGCUACCGGAGUUUGAUCUGUAUUUUGAUGUCAACUUCUGGUCUGUGGUGACAUUUGUAAAUGCUUCUGAUAUUGUCACAAAGGAGAUUGUUGGUUUUGCACAAUCUGAUGUCAUAAAUGUUUGUCUUCUGAACAAAGGUUUAGGAACUCCUUUCAUUUCAGGAUUGGAGCUUAGACCCCUUAACAGCUCAACUUAUGGUACUGAGUUUGGUACUAAUGCAUCAUUAGUACUGGUUCACAGAAUAGACAUUGGAUCAAGCAAUGGAACGGGUAGGUAUGCAGAAGAUGUUUACGACCGAAUUUGGUCUAAUUACAUCUCUCGUUCUUGGGAUUUAGUGAGCACUUCUUCACCAAUUACUACUGAUGAAGACGGAUAUCGAGUGCCUUAUGAAGUGAUCAAGACUGCAGCUAGGCCUCGGAAUGCAAGUGAACCUUUGGAGCUGUAUUGGAACACAACCGACUCAAACGCUCAGUUUUAUGUUUAUAUGUAUUUUUCUGAAGUAGAGCAUCUUGAGAAAAGCCAGUCAAGAAAGUUGAACAUUUCUUGGAAUGGUGCUCCAUUGUUUGGACAGUUUGUGCCGCGUUACUUAUAUGCAGACAUACUAUCUAAUUCAAAAGCUUUGGUGGGAAAAGAUCACCAAAUUUCUAUAUCCAAAGCAGAAAACUCGACCCUUCCACCGAUUCUCAAUGCGGUUGAGAUCUACAGAGUCAUGCAGCUAGUUGAAUCACCAACUUAUAGUGAAGAUGUUGAUGCCAUUAUGAAUGUUAAAACUACAUAUCAAAUUAAGAAAAUCUGGGCUGGUGAUCCUUGUGCACCUAAGAAUUUCUCUUGGGAUGGUCUAAAAUGCAACUACACUGUUUCAGUUCCUCGGAUUAUUUCCCUCAACUUGACCUCAAGCAAAUUGAGUGGGAUUAUAGCUGCUUCAAUUUCCAAGCUUUCAUCAUUGGAAUCCUUGGACUUGUCAAACAAUAACUUAAUCGGACCAGUGCCUGCAUUUCUGGAAGAACUAAAAUCUCUCAAGAUUCUGAACUUGAAAGGGAAUCAAUUGUCUGGUUUUGUUCCAAAUGCACUUAAGGAGAGAUCAGAUGCUGGAUUACUUGUACUAAGUGUGGAUAGUCAAAAUCUUUGUGGCUCAGAUUCAUGCAAAACAAAGAAGAAAAUUGUUGCCCCAAUAGUUGGAUCAUUAUUAUCAGCACUGGUAGUCCUUGUAGUUCUAUUUGUCUGGAAAUUGAGAACCAAAAAGAAAUCAGAAGGACUAGAAACCUUUAAGAAGGAAGGAAUUCCUGUUGCAUCAAAGAAGUGCCAGUUUAGUUAUGAUGAGGUUGUAGAAAUCACUAAAAAUUUCCACACUGAAAUCGGAAAAGGAGGAUUUGGGACUGUGUACCAUGGCUACAUGAAAGAUGGCACCCAAGUUGCAGUUAAAAUGCUUUCUCCAUCAUCCACUCAAGGACCAAAGGAGUUCCAAACUGAGUCUGAGCUCCUCAUGAGGAUCCAUCACAGAAAUUUGGCCUCGUUUAUUGGAUACUGUGAUGAAGCUGAUAAUUUGGCUCUUAUAUACGAGUACAUGGUUAAUGGGAACCUUAAAGAUUAUCUCUCAGUUAAAAGCUCAUGUAUGACUUGGGAAUUGAGACUUCGCAUCGCCAUAGAUGCUGCACAAGGGCUCGAGUACUUGCACCAUGGAUGCAAGCCACCUAUUGUACACAGAGAUGUGAAGACUGCCAACAUUCUCUUAAGUGAAAACUUGGAAGCUAAGAUUGCAGAUUUCGGUCUUUCUAAGGUUUUCACCAAUGACAGUGAAACUGAUGUGGAAACAACAGUUAUGGGGACAGCAGGUUAUUUAGACCCAGAGUACUACAGUUCACAUAAGUUGAAUGAGAAAAGCGAUGUGUAUAGUUUUGGCGUAGUACUAUUGGAACUGAUCACAGGCCAACCUGCAGUCAUAAGAAGCGACGAAAGAAUCCACAUUGUGCAUUGGGUGAGUCCUGAGCUCCAAAAAGGGAAUAUAGCAAGUGUUGUUGAUCAAAGAAUGGAAGGAGAUUUCGAUGUGAAUUCAGUUUGGAAAGCUUUCGAAAUAGCAAUGACAUGCACAACUAGAACCUCUCACCAAAGAGCCACCAUGAGUUUUGUGUUAUCUGAGCUAAAACAGUGUCUGGAAAUGGAGUUGUCGAGGAAUCGAGAAAGAAAUUUUGGAUUGACAGAAGAAAGUGGAGAUAGAUUUGCAGCAGCAUAUAGUAGUUCGCCUUAUAAUAGUUCCAUGUAUACAGAUUCCACAAAUGCCGAUUCCAUGACUGGGCCAUUUGCUAGGUAAUAUAUAGUCCCCCUAUUUGAUCUUAGGACAUAAGUUUCUCUGUAACUUCAUUAUUUUGCUUCCUUGCUACAGAAGUCAAGCUUGUAAUCCAUUUUG